GGGCAGAGCGGAGAGCCGAGCGGCUGCAGCUGCAGCGGCUGCAGUGAAGGCUAGAGCGGUGGGGAGGUGGGUCCCCGCGCCCCGGCGCCGGGGCAGCCGCAGGGCCCUCUGCGAGGCCUGCGGCGCGACUCCCAGGGAGGAGGUGGCGGCUGUGGCGGCGGGAACGGCGACCUUGGCCAGACGGAGCUCGCGGUGCACGUAGGGCGGAGGCCGAGCCCCGCCAGGAGUCUCUGCCGAGCCGGAGGGAGGCGCAUCUGGCGCUUCGCUCCCAGCGGCAGCCGGGGGGGGGCUUGAGCGGCCGGAGAAACGCAGUGGGAGCUGGGAAGAGCUAGCCCGUCCGGAGGGCGGACCCCCGCGUCCUGGAGCCCAGUCUCAGACACGACAGGGGGCGAAGCCACGCGUCCUUUCGGGCAGCCCGUUUCACACGCGCCAGUUUGCGGUUCCAGGUAUCCCAGUAAGCUGUGGCACCCAAGCGCGGAUAUCUGGAGGCGCGGAGCGAAAUCCUCUGCGUCCGGGUCCCCUCCCCAGACCUAGCCUUGCAGAGGCCAGGACUCGGGGGCUCCCAGACCCAGCGGCCAGGCCAAACCGCGAGCUCGGAGGAGCGCGAGCCCCACCCUGCAACCGAAGGCGCCGCUGAGAGCCGGGAAGAGGUGCCGCGCUCCAGACAGAGGUUGUGUCGUGGGCGCCGUCCUAGUGGCAGGGAGCGCACCGCGGAGGGGACAUGAGGUCGGAGAAAUCCCUGACGCUGGCGGCGCCGGGGGAGGUCCGUGGGCCGGAGGGGGAGCAACAGGAUGCGGGAGAUUUCCCGGAGGCCGGCGCGGGCGGGGGCUGCUGUAGUAGCGAGCGCCUGGUGAUCAAUAUCUCCGGGCUGCGCUUCGAGACGCAACUGCGCACCCUGUCGCUGUUUCCCGACACGCUGCUGGGAGACCCCGGUCGCAGAGUCCGCUUCUUCGACCCCCUGAGGAACGAGUACUUCUUCGACCGCAACCGGCCCAGCUUCGACGCCAUCCUCUACUACUACCAGUCCGGGGGCCGCCUGCGGAGGCCGGUCAACGUGCCCCUGGACAUCUUCCUAGAGGAGAUCCGCUUCUACCAGCUGGGGGAUGAGGCCCUGGCGGCCUUCCGGGAGGACGAGGGCUGCCUGCCCGAAGGUGGCGAGGACGAGAAGCCACUGCCCUCCCAGCCCUUUCAGCGCCAGGUCUGGCUUCUCUUCGAGUACCCUGAGAGCUCAGGUCCCGCCAGGGGCAUCGCCAUCGUCUCCGUGUUGGUCAUUCUUAUCUCCAUCGUCAUCUUUUGCUUGGAGACCUUGCCCCAGUUCCGUGCAGAUGGUCGAGGUGGAAGCAAUGGUGUGAGCAGAGACUCCCCCAUUUCCAGGGGUAGUCAAGAGGAAGACGAGGAUGAAGAUGAUUCCUAUACCUUUCAUCCUGGCAUACCCCCAGGGGGCAUGGUGGCAGGGGGCUCCUCCUCGCUAAGUACUCUUGGGGGCUCCUUCUUUACUGACCCGUUCUUUCUGGUGGAGACCCUGUGCAUAGUUUGGUUCACUUUUGAGCUCCUGGUUCGCUUUUCUGCCUGUCCCAGCAAGCCAGCCUUCUUCCGCAACAUCAUGAACAUCAUUGACUUGGUGGCCAUCUUCCCCUACUUCAUCACCCUGGGCACUGAGCUGGUGCAGCAGCAGGAGCAGCAGUCAGCCAGUGGAGGGGGCGGCCAGAAUGGGCAGCAGGCCAUGUCCCUGGCCAUCCUCAGAGUGAUCCGCCUGGUCCGGGUGUUCCGCAUCUUCAAGCUGUCCCGCCACUCCAAGGGGCUGCAGAUCCUGGGCAAGACCUUGCAGGCCUCCAUGCGGGAGCUGGGGCUGCUCAUCUUCUUCCUCUUCAUCGGAGUCAUCCUCUUCUCCAGUGCCGUCUACUUCGCAGAGGCUGAUGAUGAUGAUUCACUCUUUCCCAGCAUCCCAGAUGCCUUCUGGUGGGCAGUGGUUACAAUGACCACGGUAGGUUAUGGAGACAUGUACCCCAUGACGGUGGGGGGCAAGAUCGUGGGCUCGCUGUGUGCCAUCGCCGGGGUCCUCACCAUCGCCCUGCCUGUGCCCGUCAUUGUCUCCAACUUCAACUACUUCUACCACCGGGAGACAGAGCAGGAGGAGCAAGGCCAGUAUACCCAUGUCACUUGUGGGCAGCCUACACCGGACCUGAAGGCAGCCGACAGUGGACUUGGCAAGCCUGAAUUCUCCGAGACCACUCGGGAACGGAGACCCAGUUACCUUCCCCCUCCACAUCGGGCAUAUGCAGAGAAAAGGAUGCUCACUGAGGUCUGACUGAUGCAGUCAGGGUGUGAAUGGAAAGGAAGACACUGAGCAGUCUUAGGCUUCCUUCUCAUUCUCCACCCCCUCACCUGAGCUCCAGCCGAAUUCCUGACUCCCUCCCCUGCACCGGGUCCAGAUACCUGGACUGUCAACCUUGUUGCUUGAUCUAUACAGCGUUCAAGGUUUAACCAUCUAAAUGUCAUUCUUGAAAUUCUAACGGUGCCACCCAUUCAUGCCCAUCUUCUGUCAAGUGGAUGAGAUUUCCGUCUGACCUUCCCUCAUGACUCUAAACUUUCAUGUCUGGGUCUGGUAAUAUCUCUAGGAACAGAGAUGUCAGCAGGAUGGAAGCCAGGCUUACCUGGGUCCUAUUUCUCUCCUCGGUGGCCUUUGCUUUGGGGCAUGCACCUGUCAGCUUUGGGCUACAUGGUAACUAGCAGAAGCUGGAGGACAGACACAGUGUGUUCAUCUUUCUGUUUUAUUCCCAUGCCCUGUCACACCUGCUGCUCAUCCUGCAGAGGACCCUUGAUAAAGCCUUUAGCUGCACAGCCUCCAAAUCUGUUAUUUGUCUCGAACCUUGGAAGGAAUUAGAGAAACUGCAAUUAAACUUGGCCAUUUGGAGGACAUUAGAGUCAGUCCCAGACCAAAGGGGCCAGUGGAUUCCUCCAGGUGUGUCCUGGCACAGUGGAUAUGUCAGCCUUGGGUCUACAUUCAGUUCUUCCCUCCCUGACUGUCUAGCUUCCAGGAAGGUUCCUUCUCAGAGCCAAAUACUCUUUUUGUGCAAGUGCCUUCCUGUGCAGAGGAACUGGAAAGAGGGAACCACAAAGCCAAGAGAAAUGGCUGAACAGAGUCAAGCCACUUGCCUGACCACAUUAUCUAAAGAGAGGUAUCACUUGAGCAGACAUUGUCAUCUGGGAGGCGUGCAAAGAGGACCUUGUUGCAGACGGGAAAUUUCUCCCCCACGCUUUCCCCCGACCCUCUCGAGCCCCCCACUCUGCUUCCUGGGAAUUUGACUUAGGAUUGCUGCUGAAGGUUUUCCAAAGCAAACUCUAGCUUAAACCUGCAGACAGGUAAAAGCAUGCAUUGGAUGCUAGCGUGGGGUUCUUCCCAUUUUAGAGGCAAUGAAAUAGGUUCAGAGUAAAGAAGAAACAUCAUUCCUUUGUUGACAGUCUUACUGUUAGAGGCGGUUUUUUUUUUUUUU